AUGGCGUCCGACCUCGCCGAAACCCUCUCCCCAGACUCGAUCGACACCCUCACCGAGCUCGGCUCCAUCCUCGCCCGCCUCCGCCCCUCGCCCGGCACGACCGACCUCUCCACCCCGGCCCUCGACAACCUCCCAGGCCUACCGAGCAGCAACGGCGCCAACGGCGGCGCAUCGUUCGCCACGCCAGCGCCGCACCCGGGCCCCGUGACGGGGACAACGCCCCUCCCCCAGCCCCAAUCCCAACUCGCAGGAUCAGCAUCAGCACCAGCCCCGACAGGCGCCGGCGCCCCGUCAUCAUCCAGCACAACAACAGCAACAACAGCAGCAGCAGCCGGCGGCCUCGCCCUCAAGGACGUCCCGACGGCGACCGACGGCCUCAAGCACAAGCUGCAGCGCGCGCGGGCGCGGAUCCGCGAGCUGCCCGACAUGGGCCGCACCGUCGCGCAGCAGGAGGCCGAGGCCGCCGCGCUGGAGGCCCGCAUCGCCGCCCAGAGGGAGGUGCUCGCCGCCCUGAGGGAGGUCGGCAUGAGGUUCGCCAGCGGCGAGGAGGGGCCGACCGCCACCACCACCACCAGCACCACCGUCGCCGCCGCCGGCGGUGAGGCGGGGGACGUGGCGAUGGCGGGAUGUGAGGUGAAGAGGUGA